AUGACUCUGACGUGGGGAUUCUGCGAGCACACGAUACUUUGUGCGCUGGACAUACAAGGAGAGAGUGACCAUAGAGCGCCGACUCAGACACAUGUCACCCUUGCCCGCCUUUCCCAGCCUCACAUACCGACCUCAAACGGCGACCACGAGCGUUGGCAACAGCAACAGCAGUGGAGUAGAUUUGGCCGCACUGGGAUGAGGAUUGCAAAUAAAUGGGUGCGAUUCCCCGAUUUUCAUAUUACCGACGACGACGACUACGGUAACGAUGACCGACGUCUUGUUCCCCCGCCCAUGUCUAAUCCUCCAUCCUCGCCGAUGCCUGCAAAGAAGCAGAGCAUCUUCGUUGUGAGCUGUCGUCGACUCGAAAACGCGCUGUCGGCCGUCUCAGGUCAAGGUUCAAACUCCUCGACCGCUGGUUCUUCGCCUAACGUGACACCAUCGGCGGCCGUCCACAACCCCGACGCGGCGCGAGCCCUCAUUCUUGAGUAUGAAGAGAGAGUCGCCGAAGCGGAGCAGGCACGAGAUGAGGCAGAGGCUCGAAGAAGGAUGGUGGUGGAUAACUGGCAGCAACUGGAGCGAUAUCUCCAAGGUCUUGAGUUCCAUGCCUCAGACGCCAGAGCGGGGUUCGCCCGGAUCUCGCUCACUAUUCUCAUCUUCGUCUACGAUAGGGCCUCCGUCUACCAAGGGCCCACACCGAAACAAUUCUACCGGCUCGACGGCAUCGACAAGCAAUCGUACCACCCACUAUCCCUUAUCGUCCUAACGUGCCCCCAUAUCAGCCACAUCAUCCAUCUCGACCCUACAGCCCGAAAAUGGAGGCAACCGCCCCCUCCCUCAAACGUCGCCAUGCCGUCUAGGCGGUAUUCACCACCACCUCAGCCUAUCCCUCCUCCAAUGGAGUACCGUGCUACCCGAUCGGGACGACAAUCGCAGGUGGAGCCAGGCCCUUUACCCCAACCAGGCCAGGUCCAAACGUAUCAGACGCACGUCUUCGCGCCGGUGGUGACGGGCGCUCCGGUGAAGAAGAGCAAGUUCGGCGCCAGUGGAAGUUCGGGCAAUCUAACAGCGAAUGGCUCCCAAAGCCAGGGCGACGUAAACGGCGUACAGUCGGCCCCUCCCCCACCUUCGUUUCCGCCGACGAAUGCUCAGAGUCAACGCAUAUGCAGACAGUGCGGGUUUGCCUGGUCGGUACAAAGAGGGAAAGCCCUGCACCCCAGCCACUGCGGGGAUAAGCCGAUAACCUCACAGAGGGAAUUGAGAUGUUAG